AUGAAAUUAAAAAGCCUGCCACCUCCAAAACUCUUGGGAUUUAAUAUCAAUGUUCUACAAUUACUUCAAUCUUUCCCCAAUCCAUAUUACUUUGUAAUUCUACAAUUACUUUUCUUUUAUAUUACAGUCUUUUUUAUUGAACCUUCUAUAACUGUUCACUUUGGAAAUCAUUCAAGCUAUGCUCAAAUUGUAUUCCCUAUUCCUCUUUGA